AAUGACACUUCAUUCGGCAUGAGUUCUUUAGACAAAUAAAAAAUUUUGUUUGAGUUCGGUAAAUAAAUUACAUAAAUAUAAAUUUUUACUUGAUUAUUCUACAAAUUCUAACAGAUAUUAUAUAUAAAUUUCUUUGUUUACUGCAAUUUUUCAAUCAUGUAUAAAUUCUUGGGUUUAUUUAGACAAACUGCCUCACUUGCCAUAGCAAGACAAAGUCAGUCUUGUUAUUCUCAAACUGGCCGGCGACCGGGUUUCUUUUCCCAGUUCAUUGAGAAUAUGAGGAGUGAAAUGGACAAAAACAAAGAGAUGAAAGAAAAUAUAAAAAAGUUCCGUGAAGAAGCAGAAAAAUUAGAACAUUCAGAAGCUUUACAGUCGGCGAGACAAAAAUUCAAUAUGGUUGAAAGUGAAGCUCAGAAAUCAUCUAAUAUUCUGAAAGAGCAGUUGGGUACAAUAAAAGGGAAGGUUGCCGAUGCGUUGGAUGAGGCUAGCAAAACUGAGUUUGCAAAAAAGGUAAGCGAAGAGAUUUCCAGAACAGCUAAAACUGCCAAAGAUACUAUAUCGGAAAAGGGUGAAAAAUUGGGUCAAACGACUGCGUUCCAAGCUCUUUCGGAUACCACCAAAAUGAUUCAACAAGAAAUUGACUCACAAAAUAUUAAUAAUCGAGUGUAUCGACCGCCAGGAAAACUGCGUAAACGUAAAGAAGUUGAGUUAAGUGGCGAUGAACGAACGGUGGCAGCGAAUACCGCAGCUACCGGUGUGGAAUUACACAAAGAUUCAAAAUUUUUUCAAUCAUGGGAGAAUUUCAAAAAUAACAAUACCUAUGUAAAUAAAGUUUUGGACUGGAAAAUGAAAUACGAAGAAUCCGAAAAUCCUGUGAUACGUGCCUCUCGUCUGCUUACUGAUAAAGUAUCUGAUGUAAUGGGUGGCUUAUUUUCUAAAACCGAACUCUCUGAAACAAUGACGGAAUUGUGUAAAAUCGAUCCCAAUUUCGACCAGAAGCAAUUUUUACGCGAUUGUGAAGUCGAUAUUAUCCCUAAUAUUCUGGAGGCCACGGUACGCGGUGAUUUAGAAAUUUUAAAAGACUGGUGUUUUGAAAGCACUUAUAAUCUUAUUGCGACUCCGAUAAAUCAAGCAAUUAAAAGUGGCUUAUAUAUGGAUUCGAAAAUAUUGGAUAUUGAAAAUAUUGAUUUAGUCAUGGGCAAGGUCAUGGAACAAGGCCCUGUGUUAAUUAUAACAUUUCAAGCUCAACAGAUUAUGUGCCUCAAAGACCGUGCAACGAAUAAAAUAGUCGAAGGAGAUCCCGAGAAAGUGAUGCGCGUUAAUCAUGUCUGGGUAUUGUGUCGAGAUCCUAAUGAAUUAAACCCUAAGGCAGCAUGGCGGUUAUUGGAACUCACAGCCAACAGUCAAGAGCAAUUUGUCUAAUUUCGGUUACAGUUAAUUUAAUAUAAGUUUUUCAUACUUAAACCAUAAGCGAUAUUAUACUUAUUUUCAAUUUCCUUUGUCUAUGACAAGAGAAACAAUUUUAUGACGCUUUGAAUUCUUGCUAAUUGUUAUAAAGUAUUUUCUCUGAUAUUUUUCAACACUUGGUCAAGAACAGUUUUGUGUAAAAACUUAUAUAAUUUAGGUUAUUAAAUUUUCUUUUAUUUUCACUUUUUUAUCGCAGAUAUUUUGUUGUGAAU